AUGAGUGUGGAACAGCAACAACAAUCCAAUACAAAGCUGGUCGUGGCGACACGGCUGCAUUUAGGAAAUGCCAGCAAGGAUCCUCCCAGUCAAGCAAAAACGGAUCAAACAAUUGCCAAUUUUGCCAAGUUUAUAACAACCUCCUGCCCGCCAUCCACCCUGGCGUUGAUCGCCGUCGAUGCCACGCCCAAAAUUGACGGGUAUGACUACGUGCAGGCCGUCCAACAAGCCUGUGACAAGCUCGACGACCACCACAAACCUACCGUCCUACCCGUCACACCCUGGGGGAGAUUCGUCCCGGCAUUGAAUGCACUCGUCGGGCAUGCCGCUUCGUUGCAAUACGACUACAUUCUCUUUUGUUCCGCCGAAACAACCGCCUCCAAAGCUGCCAUUGAUACCUUGUAUCGACACAUUAUGGACGAUCAAGAUACACUGGUGGCAGGAGCACUCUUGGGGGGGCACGAUUAUCAAAAAGACAAAACCGUAGUAGAAUUGAACGGACGGACGACACCGUGGAAUACACUGGCGCUGUGGAGAGUUUCCAAAUUGGCAUUGACGGGAUUUCAAAUGGUAUCGGAAGGGUACUUGACAACAAACAACGACGAGCCAUCCUAUGGAGUGGAAGAAGUCAUUGCCAUUGCACUCUUACAACGACUAUUGGGACACGAUCAUGCCAAGGCAAAGUUGGUCCAAUUGCCCGGCGAUGUAGAUUGGAAUCAGGAUUUUGGACAAGACGAGGAACGACGAAAAUGGCACGAAGACAAAAUGAAAUCCAAACUCGAACGACCGGCUCGGCAAUUGCAGCUAUUUGGAUCAACGUCCUUGUCUGGGACUGUGUAUCAUUUAUAA